UGUAGCACAUCAGGAUAAAUCAGAACGGAAAGAAGAAAGGGGCAAGAUCAUUUGGUGCUUUAGAAGCACGCUUGACUCAACAGAGAGAAAAAUACCAAGAUGAAGGACCGACUGGCACAGCUGAAAGAAAAAACAGAUCAAUCGCCUGAUGAUGUGGAGAUCCAGUUGGAAAAUAAGGAAUUUAUGGAUGAGUUCUUUUCUCAGAUUGUGGAGAUCCGCACCAGUAUCGAUAAGAUCGAUGAGCAUGUGACUGAGAUCAAGCGACUGUAUUCUGUCAUCCUCUCUGCACCUACCUCUGACCAAAAGACACAAGAUGACCUGGAAGCUAUCACCAAUGAAAUCAAGAAAUUGGCCAACAAUGUUCGCAAUAAACUCAAAAGUAUCGAGCAGACUUUGGAGUUAAGUGCAGAGGAGAGAGUCUCCGCCGAUACACGAAUAAAAAAAUCGCAGCACGCUGUCCUAGCAAGAAAAUUUGUGGAGGUUAUGACCAGGUACAAUGAAGCACAAGUAGAGUUCAGAGAGAAGAGCAAAGGCAGGAUCCAGAGACAGCUAGAGAUCACCGGAAAAAGCACCACUGAUGAGGAGCUGGAGGAGAUGUUGGAUGGUGGCAAUGCUGCUGUCUUCACAGCAGGGAUCAUGGAUUCAGCCAUCUCCAAGCAGGCCUUGAGUGAAAUUGAAGCAAGACACAAAGACAUCAUACGACUGGAGAGCAGCAUUAAGGAGUUGCAUGACAUGUUUGUCGACAUUGCCAUGCUAGUGGAGAAUCAGGGAAGCAUAAUUGACAGGAUUGAAAGCAACAUGGACCAAUCUGUGGGCUUUGUGGAGCGAGCAGUGGCUGACACCAAAAAAGCAGCCAAGUUUCAGCAGGAAGCCCGGAGGAAACAAAUGAUGAUCACGCUGUGCUGCAUCAUUCUCGCGGUCAUCAUUGGCUCUCUCAUGUACAGCUGGCUGAAGUAAAUAUUCUGCUGGGCAAAAUGGUUUGGUGAAGAGGAGAUUUGGCCCAAGACCCAAGUCAAAGUGGAGGCUUAGACAUCAAUCAAAAGACGAUGCUGUAGACUCACAGGCUUUUUUGCCUUUCCUUUCUUUUAUUUCAAAUGUUUGUUAUUGUUUAAUUUUUUUUUUAUCCAAAAAACAUUUUUUCACUUUAAUUAUUCCUUGUAGGUCUACAGAGCAGUCUACAUAGAUUAUAAUGUCUAGUUGUUUUUGUUUUUUUGUAAACAGCCUGUUCUUCUUUGGUAGAUAGAUUAUCAGAAAACUAUAUUUUUCAAGGUUUAAGUAAUGCACCUACAUCAUCUGCCAUGUGUAUUUUAUGAAUUUUUAAUGGCUCUGUGUAAAACAUGAGAGUUUCUUCCUUUUGGGUUCACCUAUUUAACAAAACAAAAGGUAUGCUAUGCAGUUGUAUAAAUAAAUUAAAUAAAUAAAUCAAAGAAAUUGGAAAUAAAUUUGAAUUGUUCUUGUUAUAUAUAUAAUUUAUUGUGUAUUACGCUUUAACUUUCUUGGCUUAA